AUGUUCACUUCACCUAGAAGUUUGUUGGCCAUUAUUCGAAUGAGUACUGCAUUGGCACGUCUGCGUCUAUCUGAUACCGUUCACAUUGGUGACAUUGAUGAGGCAAUUCGUCUUGUUGAGGUUUGUAAAGCUUCACUGCGUCCAGAACCAAAACAGUCGCGUCAUCGCGUCUCACCGGUGGAUAUGGCCUUCUCGGUAAUCAGAGACCUUUAUCACGCGUCAAGUCAAGAUCAGCAUGCCGUUCCACUGCAAGAUGCGUUCAAUAAAUGUGCAUCAAAAGGCAUUCAUGAUGAUAUCGUGCAACAGUGCAUUGACACAUAUACAGCAAACGGCGUUUUUAUGUUGGAUCGUCAGAAAAGAAUCAUUUUCACAGUAUCCUAA